UUGCAUAUUUGCUAGUUAUGAGUUAAAUACUUUUAUAUGUAAAAAUGUUGAAAAAUUUCCGGUAUUUGGUGUUUUUGCCAUCAGCUGCGAGUGUCUUCUGCACAAGAUUUCGGCCUAAUCAGUGUGGAAAACCAAUUCUUGCAAAGGAAAGUUAUUCAAACUUUUCAGCAGUAAGUAAAGGACGACAACUCCCUUUGUUGGUGGAAAAGCAGGGAAAACUGGUUUUAGAGGAAUCAAAUUUGAAACAACUUCUUUGCGGGGAAAAUGUCAAGGAUAUGCCUGUUGUUGUUAUAUCGAUAGCUGGGGCAUUUCGAAUGGGAAAAUCGUUUCUAUUGAAUCUAUUUCUACGUUAUUUUCAGAAAAAUGGGGAGAAAAAUUGGCUAAUAGAAGAUCCUUGGGCUAAACUCAAUGAAGGUAUAAGCUGGAGAGGUGGUGCUGAAUCCCAUACCACAGGAAUUGUUGCGUGGAGUGAACCAUUUAUUGUGAAAAAAUCUGAUGGAUCGAAGAUAGCGGUUAUACUAUUGGAUACCCAAGGAAAUUUCGACCAUGGAUCUAAAAAAGAAAACAGCGUGAGGGUAUUUGCAUUGAGCACUUUAUUCAGUUCACUGCAAAUAUUCAAUGUUUCAAGACAAAUUCAAUCAAAUGACUUAGAACAUCUGAAGUCUUUUGUGGAAUACUCCAAGUUUCCUGUCUUCAGUGACCAGAACAAUAUUGACGGUGUUCCCAAUUCAAAGGAAAAAAAGUAUUUUCAGGACUUGUUAUUUCUGGUUCGUGACUGGGCAAAUCCCAUAGACUAUGAAUUUGGAAAGACGGGUGGAAGAGAAUACAUGACAAAUUUAAAAUUGAAGUCUUUCAAUACUGAUAAAAUGUCAAUGUAUCAAUAUUUGGAGAAUACUUUCGAUAACAUCAAUUGUUAUCUGAUGCCAGAACCAGCUGAAAAAGUCAGAAUCACAGGCGAGGAGACGCCACCACUGCUUGCAAUAGAUUUAGGGAGCAAGUUCGCUUUGCAUAUUGAACAUUUGGCAGAAGAAUUCAUCAGUCCCGACGAACUGUCACCUAAAAAUAUUGGGUCUGAUACAAGCACCACUGGCAAGGAAUUAUAUGAACAUGUCAAGAAUUGUGCUGAUAUAUUACUGUCCGGAAAAGGUCCAGUAUUGCCAGACGAAAUGGAGCUUAUUGCAGUUCACAAUUUUAAAAUGCAAAAAGAAAAAACGUUGGCUAAUUAUGAAAUGAAUGUACUGCAGCGUUUGGAAACCGCAGAGAGGUGGCAGCAAUACGAUGAUAUAAUCAGAUGUUCGCGGGAAGAAGCAAGAUUGCAAUUAAUGAAUAAUACAUGGUAUGGCAGAGAUGGGGAUUCGAAAUCGGAGGCAAUUUUAGAAGCUGAAAUUUCAAGCAAGGAUGCUUAUUUCGUAAGCAAAAUGAAAGACAGACGAGAAAGGCUUGUCCGCGAAAAUAUUGAACUGUGGAAGCAAGAAUACCGUAAAAAACUUCAGGAAAGAGGUUGGAUCCAUACAUCUGAAAGCACAUUGGAUAAAACAUACGAGGAAGCACUGGCAAAUUUAUUAGCAGAGGAUGAUAGAGAUCCCAUUUCGGUUGUUUUACUUCUGAAAUCGGCAAAGGAAUAUAUGGAGAAAAUUCAUUCUAUAAAUAAAAGGAACGCUUCAGACUCAAAUUUCUCCAGGAAAGCGACAGUUAGUGGAACAUUAGCAGCUGGUAGCGUUGUAGCCGGAAUCGCAGUGUCCUUACCUGCCGCAAUACCAUUUGCAGCUGCUUCUGCCGGUAUUUGGCUUUAUAAGAAAACAGAGAAAUAAUGGGUAAUGUUCCUACAAGAAUAAAAAAAUUGCCAAUUGAUAUUAUAAAGGCUAUGACAAUGAUCAGUGUCCCUGAAAAUCAUUGGGGUGUCUAAUUAUCAUAAUGUGCCAGAGACUGCAUAUCCUCCAAAUCCUUAUUUAAGAUGUCAUGAAUGCAAUAAAGAUAAAUAAUAAGUGUCAUCAAUGCCUAUUAAAUCUCGCUAUAUUAUAUAAAUACGCAAUUAUUAUUUAUUAAAAUCAAUCACAAACAUUAUGCUUACCAGUGAUUUGUGGCUGUAUAAUAUGUAUGCAAUGACUAUGCUAUCACUGCUAACAUACUCGUACUCAUUUUCAGAGUUUUAUAUUUCGAGUACGGUAUGGGCUUUACACCAUAUGAAGCUAAAUUGAUUAUACUCAUUGGGGAAAA